AUGCUGCUCACACUCGCCCUCGCCGCCCUAUGCGGCAGCAGCAGCGCGCUCGCAGCCGACUGCACGCGCGAGACGCUGCAAGCGGGCGCCGACAGCCUAGUCGCCGCCCAAGUAGUAGGCAACCCAUCGCUGCUAAAAGCAGCCGACGGGCUCACCUACACGGAGAACUUCAAGGCGGGGACGCUCAAAACAGGGAUCCUCGCGACAGCGCUCAAGAUCGACCACAGCCGCAGCAGCCUCGACACGACGCAGUGCGCGACGUACACGGAGCUCAUCUCGGCAUCCGGCACGAAGCCGUACGUGCUGGGGUUCCAGAUGCAUUUUUCUGCGUCUGGCGGCAUCGCCAAGGUGGACGCGCUGACGACGGCCAAGGGCGACUGGCUGUUCAACGCGACAGGCACGCUGAAUUGGGCGAAGAAGGAGGACUGGGGGGAGAUUGCGGCGGGCAAGCGCGACUCGCGCGCCGUGAUCCAGGCAGCCGCGGACGCCUACUGCGACAUCUUCGCCAACAAGAGCGUGGUGGUGCCGUGGGGCAAGCCGUGCGCGCGGCUCGAGGGUGGGUCGUACACGGGCAACGGCGGGCCCAACGAUAGUUGUAAUGUUGGGAUCCCGAGCGGCGUGGCGCUGGUCGACCGGCGCUAUGUCAUUGACGAGACGGUCGGCGCGGUCGACGUAUUCCUGAGCUUCUCGGGCAUCCCCGACAGCCACGAGUUCCGCGUUGAGGGAGGGAAGCUGCGGUUCGUGCAUACCUUGACUGUGAUGACGGCGCGGUCGGGCAAGAGCAAGGUGUGA